UACUCGAAAUCAUGGCCCUUGAAUUAAUAUCCAGCAGCAAAUGUUUCGAAGGCGAACAACGUAUCUACAGUCACAAUUCGACAGUGUUGGGUUGUGAAAUGAAAUUUUCCGUCUUCGUGCCACCCUGCAUGUUGGAAGAGAAAAAAGAAUGUCCCGUCCUUUAUUACCUCUCCGGCUUAACCUGUACCCAUGAGAAUUUCAUACACAAAUCCGGUAUGCAACAGCAUGCAGCCAAGGAGGGCAUACUGAUCGUUAAUCCCGAUACCUCUCCACGUAAUGUCAAUAUCCCCGGUGAAGAUGAUUCAUAUGAUUUUGGUUCGGGUGCCGGCUUUUAUGUGAAUGCCACUCAAGAACCCUGGUCCAAGAAUUAUCUGAUGUAUUCUUAUGUUACCGAAGAACUGGUGGAAUUGGUAAAUAAAAAUUUCGCCGUUGUACCCAAUAAGAAGGGUAUAUUUGGUCAUAGCAUGGGUGGUCAUGGUGCCUUGAUCUGUGCCCUUAAAAAUCCCGGCCAAUAUCAAUCUGUAUCUGCCUUUGCACCCAUUUGCAAUCCCACUGAAUGCCCUUGGGGCCAGAAAGCUUUCAAGGGCUAUUUGGGUGACGACAAAGAACAAUGGAAACAAUAUGAUGCCACCCAUUUGGCCCAAACAUACUCGGGUACACCAUUGGAACUUUUCAUCGAUCAGGGUAGUGAUGAUAAUUUCCUCAAACAAAAACAAUUACUGCCCGAUAAUCUGUUGGCUGCCUGUGCGGCAAAUGAUCAUUUGCAGGCCAUCUACAAACAACGUGAGGGAUAUGAUCAUAGCUAUUAUUAUAUUGCUACAUUUGUGGGUGAACAUAUUGCCUAUCAUGCUAAGUUUUUAAAGAAUUAAAAAAAAUGUGAAAUAAUAA